GGCCAGGUGAGGCGCCCCGCCCCUCGGCGACUCCAGGUGCGGCGGUGGGACCGGGACCGCGGCCGGGCCGGGGCCGGGGCGCCAUGGCCGAGUCCCAGCUGAGCUGCCUGGACGAGGCGCACGUGAACGAGAGGGUGACCGAGGGGCAGGCCACCUUCUACUACUGCGAGCGGCGGCGGGCCGCGCUGGAGGCGCUGCUGGGCGGCGGCGAGCAGGCCUACCGCGAGCGGGUCAAGAAGGAGCGGCUGCGGGACUUCCUCUCCAGCCAGGAGCGCCAGGCCCUCCGCGCCUCCUGGAGCCCCUACGAGGACGUCGCCGCCGCCGCCGCCGCCGGGGGCAAGGGCAAGGCCAAAGCCAAGACCCCGGCGCAGGCCGCGGGCGCGGCCGCGCCCGCCGAGUCCCUGGCCUACUGGCCCGACCUCUCCGACACCGAGGUGCCCCCGCUGGACCUGGGCUGGACCGGCACGGGCUUCUACCGCGGCGUGAGCCGCGUCACCCUCUUCACUCACCCCCCCAAGGAGGAGAAGGCCCCCCACCUCAAGCAGGUGGUCAGGCAGAUGAUCCAACAGGCCCAGAAGGUCAUUGCUGUGGUCAUGGACCUCUUCACUGAUGGUGAGAUCUUCCAAGACAUUGUGGAUGCUGCGUCCAAGCGCCGGGUCCCAGUGUAUAUCAUCCUGGACGAGGCAGGCAUGAAGUAUUUCCUGGAGAUGUGUCAGGGCCUGGAGCUUGCUGACUUCCGUAUUCGGAACAUCCGUGUCCGCUCUGUGACAGGUGUUGGCUUCUAUAUGCCCAAGGGGAAGAUCAAGGGGACCCUGUCAUCAAAGUUCCUAAUGGUAGAUGGUGAAAAAGUAGCCACUGGAUCUUACAGGUUCACCUGGAGCUCCUCCCACGUGGACAGGAACCUUCUCCUCCUCCUGACGGGGCAGAACGUGGAGCCCUUCGAUGUGGAGUUCCGGGAGCUGUACGCCAUCUCCGAGGAGGUGAACUUGUACCAGCAGCUGGGCCUGGCAGGAGGCGCUGGCAGGCUGGGCCUCAACUACUCCGCCACCGUGGCUCGCAAGCUUAUCAACCCCAAGUACGCCCUGGUGGUGGGCAGCCGCCACCCCCCUGGGGAGAUGAUGCGCUGGGCAGCCCGGCAGCAGCGGGAGGCCGGUGGCAGUGUGGAAGAGCAGGAGGAGGGCAGCAAGGGCGGCGAGUCGGCCCGCCGCCUGGAGAGCUUCCUGCACGACCUGGUCACGCUGGAGCAGGUGCUGCCCCCUGUGGAACCCAUUCCCUCUGGAGAGCUGAGUCAGAAGGAUGGCAGGGUGGUCUCCCACCUGCGCAUGGACCAGAAGGGCAGACCCCGAGAGGCCGUUGCCCGACACGGCAAGGGAGAAGCUGCCAAUGGGGAGGCCACCCUGGCCAAGGAGGGCAGGCGCUUCAGUAGCAGGUUCUUCAGCCGACGGUCCAAGAGGCUUGCGGCACCCAAUGGCACAGCCAGCGCCCUCUCCCCCGAGGCCUUGGCCGAAGCAGAGUUCGUGAUGGGGAAGAGGCCCAACGAAGGCUCCAGUGCCGACGUCUCAGGUAAAACAAGUCCCAGUCCUGCCAAGGCCAGCAAUUGCGUGAUUUCCUGAACCGCGGGCCGGCUGUCAGCAGGACCUGUGGAUGCCCCCGUCCUUCCUGUGGAGACACAGGUCAAACCCUGCACCAGUUUGCACGUCGGACUCCUACUGGCCUCCUGCCCCAGCAGCCUCCAUCCUGGCCUCAGGGACCCUGUAUCCCAGAUGUGAGGGUCUGCGGCAUCUCAAGAUAAUCGCAUGCCUCCACAAGACUGUCGUGGCCGGGCAGGGGUCAUCCCUUGUUUACAUGAAGUGGAAGCUU